CGAAGAGAGCCCAACUUCUAACCUGCCUUAAAUCUUUGACAAACCCUUUCUCCCCUGUCCCAAUCGAACUCUUCACUGCCUCUCAUUUGUAUCUGCCAUCGGCCGCAGUGAAUCAAUAUCAAACCCUAAUCUCAACAUGGCGACGCCUCAGAUUAGUAAAAAGCGAAAGUUUGUAGCGGAUGGAGUUUUUUUUGCGGAGUUGAACGAAGUGCUGACGAGAGAGUUGGCGGAGGAUGGUUACUCGGGAGUUGAAGUUAGGGUUACUCCCAUGCGAACUGAAAUCAUCAUUAGGGCUACUCGUACUCAAAACGUUCUUGGUGAAAAAGGUAGGAGGAUUAGGGAGCUGACUUCAGUUGUUCAGAAGCGUUUUAAUUUCAAGGAAAAUAGUGUUGAGCUCUAUGCAGAGAAAGUCAACAAUAGGGGUCUGUGUGCCAUUGCUCAGGCAGAGUCACUGCGAUACAAGUUACUUGGAGGACUUGCUGUCCGAAGGGCUUGCUAUGGUGUUCUGCGAUUUGUAAUGGAGAGUGGAGCCAAGGGAUGCGAGGUGAUUGUUAGUGGAAAGCUCCGUGCUCAGCGUGCCAAGUCCAUGAAGUUUAAGGAUGGUUACAUGAUUUCUUCUGGCCAACCUGUUAAAGAAUACAUUGAUGCAGCUGUUAGGCAUGUGCUACUUAGGCAGGGUGUGCUCGGUAUCAAAGUAAAGAUCAUGCUUGACUGGGAUCCUAAGGGUAAACAAGGGCCUAUGACCCCAUUGCCAGAUUUGGUGACUAUUCAUCCACCCAAGGAGGAAGAAGAGUUUGUUGUUCCUCCUCCUAUGAUAGCUGCUCCCGCAAUCGAGGUUCUUCCCGUGGCAUAAAAACCUGUGUUAUGAUGUUAUCUUUGUUCUUGAGAACUACUGCACUAGCUGGCUUGUGUUUUUUAUUUAUUUUCCUUUUUCACUGCUGAAUACCAGAUUUUACAUAGUGAACCAUUUUGCUCUAGUUUCUGUUAUGUAAGAUACUGACUGGUAAGCAUUUUUGUUAAUCUUC